AUGGGUUCUGCUCCAGUUGGUUCACCCGACCUCGAGGGUCUCAUCAAACAGAUGACCCUCGAGGAGAAAGCUCUUUUGACUGCCGGAGCCAAUUUCUGGGAGACCAAUGCCAUCGAGAGACUGGGUAUACCACGAAUGAAGGUGUCUGACGGCCCGAAUGGUGCCCGUGGAGAGAACUUCGAGAACGGUGUGACCAGUGCAUGCUUUCCUGCAUCAGUAUCCCUCGCUGCAUCCUUCAACGAGGACCUUGCAGGUCACAUUGGCAAGGCACUUGGUCAAGAAACUAAGACAAAGGGCGCCAGAGUGCUUCUUGGCCCAACUGUCUGCCCACACCGUCACCCUACUGGUGGCCGAAACUUUGAGUCUUUCUCAGAAGAUCCGCUUCUUGCUGGACGUCUCGCAUCAAAGUACAUCGAAGGCCUGCAAAGCGAAGGCAUCGGCGCUACGAUCAAGCACUAUGCAGUCAAUGAGCAGGAGAGCCACCGUUUCACCAUUGACGCCCACGUGAGCGAGAGAGCUUUGAGGGAGAUCUAUUUGAAGCCCUUCGAGAUUGCUGUCAAGAACGCCAAACCGUGGUCACUUAUGAGUAGCUACAAUCUCGUUAAUGGCACCCACGCUGAUUCGAGCAAACAUCUUCUUAUUGAUGUUCUCCGCAAGCAAUGGGGAUAUAAGGGUCACGUCAUGAGCGACUGGGGAGGAACUAACUCGGUGCACGAGUCCCUCAAUGCUGGCCACGACCUUGAAAUGCCUGGCCCAGCCAUCCAUCGCAAGUUUGAAAAAAUCAAGAAGGCCAUAGAUGAGGGCAAGCUUACUGUCGAGACCCUUGAUGAGCGUGUUCUCGCAAACCUGCGCUUGCUUGGACAGUGCGGCGUCUUUGAGGACCCCGUUAUCCCACCUGAGCAAGCAAUUGAUCUUCCCGAACACCGCGCUUUGAUUCGUAAGGCUGGUGCCGAGGGUGCAGUGCUCCUAAAGAACGAGAAGAACAUUCUCCCUCUUCAAAAGGAGAAGACCCGUUCUAUCGCUAUGCUAGGAUUGGCAAAACAAUUCCUUGGCCAUGGAGGUGGUUCUGCAGCAGUCAACGCGCAUAGAAAGAUCACAGCCUACGAUGGUUUCCAAGAAGCUGUUGGCGACAAGAUUGAAUUGAAGUACGCCGAAGGUGCCCGCACCUGGCGAAAUCUGCCACCUUUCAGUGAGGGUGUUGCCAAUUCCAAUGGCAAACCAGGAUUUACUGUAAACUACUUCAAGAACUCCAACAAGCCCGCGUACUCCAAGGACUUCGCGGCCGGAGCUGUGAAGUCCUUCGAGGAUCCCGAGGUGACACGCGUUGUGAUGUCUGGAACGUACACACCACCAACCACAGGCAAACACUAUAUCAGCUUUUCGACUAUUGGAAACACCAAGGUCUACAUCAACGACGACCUGGUAUUCAACUACGAAGGACAAUCUGCUGAUGUCAUGGCUCUUCUGCUAGGCGUUGCUAAGGAGGACCAGAAACGAUACGACUUUGUCCAGGGCCAACAAUACCAAAUCCGCGUCGAUGCUAGCAUCGUCGAUGAUGCCGAUAGUCCUCUUUCUUUCCUGUCUUCUAACAUCAUUGGCUUCAACUUUGGUUUUAUGAGACAGGAGCUCUUCGAGGCAGAUCUGCUCACAGAGGCCACGGAUGUUGCCAAGUCCGCCGACGUAGCCAUUGUUUUCGUCGGUAAUACUCCUUCUUGGGAAACCGAGGGGAGUGACCGUGAUGACAUGAACCUGCCCAUGAACGGCUCUCAAGAUAAGCUCAUCGCUGCAGUCGCUGCCGCCAACCCCAACACAAUCGUCGUCAACUCUACCGGAUCACCGAUUAGCAUGCCUUGGGUGGCAGACGUCCCAGCAAUCCUCCAAUCGUGGUUCCCUGGCCAGGAAGCAGGCCAUGCUAUCGCUGAUGUCGUUUUCGGUGCCGCAUAUCCUGGUGGAAAGCUCCCCGUCACGUUCCCCAAGAAGUUGUCCGACGCUCCCGCAUCAGACAACUUCCCAGGUGAUCUGAAGAAGAACUUUGUCGAGUACAAGGAGGGUAUCUACAUUGGAUACCGUCACUACGACCAGAAGCCAGACACCGUUCUUUUCCCAUUCGGCUUUGGUCUUUCGUACACCACCUUCGAGGUUUCAAACGCUUCCGUCUCUUCUGCAAGCUUCUCCAAAGACCAAACGGUCUCUGUCACCGCCGAUGUCGCCAACACUGGUGCUCGUGAGGGCAGUGAGAUCAUCCAGGUCUACGUCGGCCCAAGCCAGUCCCAGUCCAUCGACAGGCCGAUCAAGGAAUUGAAGGGUUACGCAAAGGCCCACCUCGCCGCGGGCUCCAAGACUUCGGUCAGUGUCACCCUAGACAAGGAGAGCUUCUCAUACUUCAACGAAGCGAAGAACAAAUGGUCAGUCGAAGCGGGCAAGUACACCGUUUCGGUCGGCACUUCGAGCACGCAGAUUGUGUCGACACUGGAGGUUGAAGUGAAGGAAUCGUUUGAUUUUGAUCCUUGA